UGGGCUUUGUGGAACACCAGGGGACCCGAGGGGGUGGUGGUAGGCCGGGCCCGCCCCGCGGCCGCCGUCUCUCAGCGGGUUCCGUUGGCCCGUGCGGCAGCGGAGAGCCAUGGUGGCGACGGCCGCGGGGCGGGUGUAACAUGGCGGCUGCAGCGGUGGGAGUCCUGGGCCUGCUGUGGAGCUGGCUGUGGAGCGAGCGCUUCUGGCUGCCGCAGAACGUGAGCUGGGCCGACCUGGAGGGCCCGGGUGACGGCUACGGCUACCCGCGCGCCCGGCACACCCUGUCGGCGUUCCCGCUGGCGGUGGUCGUCUUCUCCGUGAGGCUGCUCUUCGAGCGAUUUAUUGCCAAACCCUGUGCACUCAAUGUUGGCAUAGACGACAGUGGUCCCUGUCAUGUGAAGCCCAAUGCUAUCCUUGAAAAGGUGUUCUUAUCUGUCACUAAGUAUCCUGAUGAGAAAAGGCUGAAGGGCCUGUCAAAACAGCUAGACUGGGAUGUCCGAAAAAUCCAAUGCUGGUUUCGUCAUCGGAGGAAUCAGGACAAGCCCCCAACACUCACUAAAUUCUGUGAAAGCAUGUGGAGAUUCACUUUUUAUUUAUGUAUAUUCUGCUACGGAAUUAGAUUUCUCUGGUUGUCACCUUGGUUCUGGGACACCCGACAGUGCUGGCAUAGUUAUCCAUAUCAGCCUCUCUCAAGAGAGCUUUAUCACUAUUAUAUCAUGGAAUUGGCCUUCUAUUGGUCUCUUAUGUUUUCUCAAUUUAUAGACAUUAAAAGAAAGGACUUCCUGAUCAUGUUUGUGCAUCACUUGGCCACCAUUGGGCUUAUCACCUUCUCCUACAUCAACAACAUGGUUAGAGUGGGAACUCUGGUCAUGUGUCUCCAUGAUUCUUCAGACUUCUUCCUGGAAGCUGCCAAGCUGGCCAAUUAUGCCAAAUAUCAGCGGCUAUGUGACUCCCUUUUUGUGAUCUUCAGUGUAGUUUUUAUGGUCACUCGUCUAGGAAUCUAUCCAUUCUGGAUUCUGAACACAACCCUCUUUGAGAGCUGGGAAAUGAUUGGGCCUUAUCCCUCCUGGUGGCUCUUCAAUGGCCUUCUCCUGAUCCUACAGGUUCUGCAUGUCAUCUGGUCUUACCUGAUAGCACGGAUUGCUUUUAAAGCUUUGAUCCGGGGAAAGGUGUCUAAGGAUGAUCGCAGUGAUGUGGAGAGCAGCUCGGAGGAAGAUGAAACCCCCUGCACAAAAAACCUCUCUGGCAGUAACUCCAGCAAUGGUGCCACCUGGGUGAAUGGCCACAUGGGAGGCAACCACUGGGCUGAAGAGUAAGGUGGUUGGCAUGGGAACUUCAGCACACAUGGGACUUGUAGGGCCAUUGGCAACCUACUUCUCCUGGGGCCACCCCACAGCUACACUCCUGUGACUGCAAGGCACUGAGGAGAAUCAAAGAAUCAAAUACUUCCACUUUUUAAAAACUCUGCCAUUUCGUAUUUAAUGCCCCCAGGUCCUUUCAGUAAUGUUAUUUGCUCUCUGUGUGUGUUUUUGUGUGUGUUUGUGCAUGUGUAUUUGUGCAUAUGCAUGCAUUUCAUUGCCUGGAUUGGGGCACAAUUCUGGACCACUAGGCAUUGCCUAGUCACUUUUAAACCCACCUCAAUCCCAGGUUUGGCUGAAUCUUGAAUAAUGCCAUCUCCAGACUGUCUCCAGUCAUGCAGCCUGUGGCUCUUGAGGCUCUGAACUCCUGGUCCAUCUGAUGGAAUAGCCAGGUUCAGCUCCAGGCUUUGGGACCAUUCUUUUUGAGCAGGAAAGAAUAUUUCACCUGAUGAAGUUGUAUAGAAACAGAAUUUUGGAUGGAUGGCCAAGAUCAUUGUGGCCCCUAGCUACAUCUCCCUCCUAUUGCCUGAUAAUGACAGGGACAACUACAGAUACCCUGCUUUUUACCCAGGGGUACACAGGGACGGAAGUAGGAGAAGAUGAGCUGAGAUAUGGAGAACAGCAGCCACUGGGUGUGCUGUUAACGGUUUUAUACUAUCGUUUACUCUUCUGUAAUUAAAGUGCUUCAACCCUCCUCUAUCUAC